AUGAAGAGGGGUAGCCAGAGGAAGAGGGGUAGCCAGAGGAAGAGGGGUAGCCAGAGGAAGAGUGCUAGCCAGAUGAAGAGGGGUAGCCAGAUGAAGAGGGGCAGCCAGAUGAAGAGGGGCAGCCAGAGGAAGAGGGGCAGCCAGAUGAAGAGGGGUAGCCAGAUGAAGAGGGGAAGCCAGAUGAAGAGGGGUAGCCAGAUGAAGAGGGGUAGCCAGAUGAAGAGGGGUAGCCAGAUGAAGAGGGGCAGCCAGAUGAAGAGGGGCAGCCAGAGGAAGAGGGGCAGCCAGAUGAAGAGGGGUAGCCAGAUGAAGAGGGGAAGCCAGAUGAAGAGGGGCAGCCAGAUGAAGAGAGGUAGCCAGAGGAAGAAGGGUAACCAGAUGAGGAGGGGUAGCCAGAUGAAGAGGGGUAGCCAGACGAAGAAGGGCAGCCAGAUGAAGAGGGGCAGCCAGAUGAAGAGGGGCAGAGAGACGAAGAGGGGCAGCCAGAUGAAGAGGGGCAGCCAGAUGAAGAGGGGUAGCCAGAUGAAGAGGGGUAGCCAGAGGAUGAGGGGCAGCCAGAGGAAGAGGGACAGCCAGAUGAAGAGGGGUAGCCAGAGGAAGAAGGGUAACCAGAUGAAGAGGGGUAGCCAGAUGAAGAGGGGUAGCCAGAUGAAGAUGGGUAGCCAGAUGAAGAAGGGUAGCCAGAUGAAGAGGGGUAGCCAGAUGAAGAUGGGUAGCCAGAUGAAGAAGGGCAGCCAGAUGAAGAGGGGCAGCCAGAUGAAGAGGGGUAGCCAGAUGAAGAGGGGUAGCCAGAUGAAGAGGGGUAGCCAGAUGAAGAGGGGUAGCUAG